AUGUUCCAUUUGACCGAAAACAACAUGGUUGACCGAAAACAGACAAAAGGUGUGCAAGCUUCUAGUACUCCAAUUGCUAUUGUGGCAGAAGAACAUGUGACACCAUCAAGGUCAAAUAUCAGUAGUUCGGUUGAAGUCUCUGAAGAUGAUGAUGAUGAUGAUGAUAACAAUGAUGAUGAUGAUAACAAUGAUGAUGAUGAUGACUCUGAUGAUAUUGAUAAUAUGAGUUUUCAUUUGUUUUUUCCACCGAAGGAGCCAGUCAAUGAAGUCGUGAUUACUCUAGCUAAGACAGAGACUGAAAUCAAUAUUUUCAGGCAACCGAAUAUUCCAACGCCCGAACAGAUGGAUGCACUUAUCAAAGAACUACAGUUUACUGCAAGGAAGCCUCCCCAAGUAGUUUCUGUUACUAUUGAAUCUCCAUCUGAGAGUGAUAAAGAUGAACCAAAUGCCUCCAUGGUGCCAAAGAAGCGAAGACGGAGAGAUCUAAGGCCGGGAGUGCUUAUCAUUGAACCAGUACAACAAUCAGUUUCUAUAGUUGAACCAACCCAGGUUCAUGAAGAUGUUCAAAGCCCAAUCAUUGAACCAGCCCAGGUUCAAGAAUAUGUUCACGACCCAAUUGUUGAAUCAGCCCAUGUUCAUCAAGACGUUCAGAGCCCUAAUUUUGACGAUGACUUUAAUUUCGUAGCAAAUGAGGAAACUUUUGCUUCGGGAAGUUCUUCUGCCCCACCACCUCCAGAGCACGAUGUUGCAUCCAUUAAGCUGGCCAAGAUUCUUGCUUUUCAAGAUUCUAUUCCUCAGUCGAGAGGAAAUGGUAUAUAUAUAUUGGCUCAGAACAAGGAGGAUCUGCUGAUUGGGAAGUUGGAUGUGAGAGUUUCAGAACUUGAAAAAGAGAAUUCUCAGAAGAAUAAACAAAUCUCUGAACUUCAAGCUAAUCUUGGCGGGCUGACAUCUUUCUACUUUGAUCUCAAAGACAAACUAUUUAGAAAGUUUGGUAAUAAAUUCAAGAUGUACAGUUCUGAUGAUGGAAAGGCUCCUGAAUCAUCUGAAAGGGUGGAGAUUAGACCUGCUUCGGAUUCCAACAUUGAUCAAUAUUUAUCUUCUGGUCCUGCUACAGCUGAAGAGAGAAGGGAGAAACAGAAGAAAAGCUAG